AAAAGUACCCCGAUAUAUUCACUCUCUUGGUCACACUAGCUCAGUCGUGCGGCUCCAUCUCUCUUGAGCCAUGGCUAACCUUAAACUUCUCUCUCUGGUUCUCUUCUCACUCCUCGCGAUCGCCUCUGCAACGGUUUACUUCGAAGAACGUUUCGAUGAUGGAUGGGAAAAUCGAUGGGUUAAAUCUGAUUGGAAGAAAGAUGAGACCAUGGCUGGGGAAUGGAAUUAUACAUCUGGAAAAUGGAAUGGAGAUCCCAAUGACAAAGGUAUCCAAACAAGUGAAGACUACAGAUUCUAUGCUAUUUCAGCUGAGUUUCCCGAAUUUAGCAAUAAAGACAAGACUCUAGUCUUCCAGUUUUCUGUUAAGCAUGAACAGAAGCUUGACUGUGGAGGCGGCUACAUGAAGUUGCUAAGUGGUGAAGUUGACCAGAAGAAAUUUGGUGGGGACACCCCAUACAGUAUCAUGUUUGGACCAGAUAUUUGUGGCUACAGCACCAAGAAAGUGCAUGCUAUUCUUACCUACAAUGAUACAAACCACUUGAUCAAGAAGGAGGUUCCAUGUGAGACUGAUCAGCUCACUCAUGUUUACACCUUCAUUAUCCGCCCUGAUGCUACCUACAGCAUUCGUAUUGACAAUGAAGAGAAGCAGACUGGAAGUUUAUACUCUGAUUGGAGUCUUCUACCCCCAAAGGAGAUAAAGGAUCCAGAGGCCAAGAAGCCUGAGGAUUGGGAUGACAAAGAAUACAUUCCUGAUCCUGAAGAUCAGAAGCCUGAGGGAUAUGAUGACAUUCUAAAGGAGAUCCCUGACCCUGAUGCCAAGAAGCCUGAAGAUUGGGAUGAUGAGGAAGAUGGUGAGUGGACAACUCCAACCAUUCCAAACCCUGAGUACAAGGGCCCAUGGAAACCAAAGAAAAUUAAGAACCCUAACUACAAGGGCAAGUGGAAGGCACCAAUGAUUGACAACCCAGAUUUCAAGGAUGACCCAGAUCUUUAUGUGUUCCCCAACUUGAAGUACGUUGGUAUUGAAUUGUGGCAGGUGAAAUCUGGGACCCUGUUUGACAAUGUUCUAAUCACUGACGAUGCUGAGUAUGCUAACAAGGUCGCUGAAGAAACAUGGGGCAAGAACAAGGAUGCUGAGAAGGCAGCAUUUGAGGAGGCAGAAAAACAGAGCGAGGAAGAGGAAAAGAAGGAUGAUGCAAUUGAUUCAGAUGCUGAGGACGAGGAUGAUGCUGAUGAUGCCGAAGGAGAUGAUUCUGAUGUUGAUAACAAAUCUGAAGAUGUUGCUGAGACCAAAGAGGACGAAGAUGUACAUGAUGAGCUGUAGGGUGGACACUACUGCAAUCUUGCUGACCAACUUGGACUGGUGAUAGUGCAUUUGGGCACUUACAUAUAUUUUCAAUUUUCUUUUUUAUAUUUUUAGCUGUAGUAGUUUGGUUAGGGGAAGGUACCGAUGGCUGAUGCCUGCAAAACGAAGGCUGAUUGCUUUGAAUUCUCAUUUUGACUUGAGCCUUUAGAUCAGAGAACACAAGUCUUUUCAUUGGCUAUUGGUCCUAGAAUUCUUCUUGAUUUUGGCUUUCAUUUCGGUAAUUAUCUUCGGUUUUGUGUUUGCUGGUAUAACACCCCCCCCCCCCCCCCCCAUCUGGCAAAAGCAAAAGAUUGGGGGUGAGGAACUUAUUUUUGUCUGAUUCAGUGUCAGUGGAGAGCUUAUUUAUGCUUGUGAUAAAUCUGUCAAAGUUGCCUCAUUUAUGCUGUGUG